UACCAGUUUGACGGGGUUGCGGUGAGGACGUCGUGGGUGGAAGUUCUUGAAUUGUGACUUUUGUGGCUCCCGUCGGUUUCUCCACGGUGAUGGCGCGGCCUGGCGUGUGGGAUCCGUGCUGGGUUUUCGGUGUUCUGCUGGUGGCGGUGACUGUGGGGCCGUGUAUUGUUGCAGCCCAAGAUCCCCCAAACCCCCUGUGCCCAAAUCAAGGGGGAAGGCAGUGCUGUCGGUUCCCAAUGUUCUCGCCUGAGUUCGACGAGUGCUGCACAGAAGUCGGAUGCUGCCCGGUCGAGUGCACCGAAAUGCCCACCACCACCACCACUACGACCACCACGACCACCACUACGACCACGGGAGAGCCAUCGCCUGCCUGUGAGCGCGGCCGGUCGUGUUGCCGCUUUCCACCCGACAGCAUACAGUUUGCACGCUGCUUAGAGAGGCACCGCUGCCGCCCCGAGUGUGACCAGGUGUCCAGAGGCUGCUGCUACAACGGGAGUGUGCGGGCGUGGGGCAGCGUGGUGGAGGAGUUCGAGGAGGCGUGCGUGAACCUCGUGUGUGCCGCCCAGGAGAGAGACGAGCCGCCCUUCCUCGCCGCCCGACUGGUGCUGGUGAAGAGACGCGGGCAAGACUGUGACGACCACCUGUGCGAGUCUUGCCGCGACGCCGUAUGUGUGGACGCGACGGGGGCGAUGCGGCAGGUGGGGGAGGAAUUCCUUCUGGACGAUUGUAACCUGUGCACGUGCCUGGCGGGGGGACGGGUCGAGUGUCGCCGCCAGGAUAUGAACUGCCCGCCGCUGCCCACGAACACCCCGCCGCGCUGCCAGGUGGUGAAGGGCCCUUGCUGCUCCAUGCUCAACUGUUCCGUGGACCGCACCUGCCAGGACGCCAACAACCAGGUGCACGCCCUCUACGCCACCUGGAAGAGCGACCCUUGCACCAGCCACCAGUGCACGCUGGCGGGCAUCACCACCACGAGGCAGGAGUGUCCGGAGAAGCCCUACCCGAACUGUGUGCCGGCGGACGAGCUGGAGGAGGAGGAGGAAGAGGAAGAGGAAGAGGAGGAAGAAGAGGAAGAGGAGGAAGAUGACGAGAAUGGGGACGAGGAUGUAUGUUGCCCCGAGUGGAAGUGUGGGCCAGACUGCCGGCUGGUGAGGUGUUCAAACGUGCCCCCCGGACCAGACUGCACGGAGGUGUUCGAGCCUCUAGCCUGCUGCCCCGCGUGGAACUGCAGCGGGUGUGUGGACGACAGGGGUCAGUACCACGAGAUGGGCAGCUCCUGGCACCCGACGCCCUGCACCACGCUCACCUGCACUCCGCUGGGGGUCGUCAACACCACGGCGCCCUGCAAGCCCAAGCCGCACGAGGUCUGCAGCGAGGACACCACCAAGAAAGGCUGCUGCCCCGUGUACGACUGCGGAAUGUGUACGGACAAGGACUACAAGCUGUGGCCGAUGUUCAGCAAAUGGGAGGUGAGCCGCUGUGUCUUCAGGAAGUGCACGCCGUGGGGCAUCGUGACCGUCGAGCCGGAGUGUCCGCGCAGGCCACACAGGAACUGCUUCGAGGGGCAACUGGACAAGGAGUGUUGCCCGCAGUGGGAGUGUGGCCCCGACUGCACCCAUGUAGAGUGUGAGGACGCUCCCCAACGUGGCUGCAUCCCCCACGUCCUCCCCCUGGCCUGCUGCCCACAAUGGAACUGCAGCGUGUGUGUGGACGAGUAUGGCCGGCGGCGGGAGGCGGGGAGCAGCUGGCGCACAGACGACCCGUGCAUCAACAAGACAUGUACCGCGACAGGGGAGGUUGUGUCCGUGGCCUUCGCGUGUGCCCUCAGUGAACGGCCGCGCGAGGGCUGCUUCCCGUACACACCUGCGGGCGAGUGUUGUUCCAGGUGGAAUUGCAGCGGGUGUCUCGACGACUAUGGAAUCUUCCACAAGCUGUUCAAUGCGUGGAACACCGACCCGUGCACCAGCCACUUCUGCAACCCUUCCGGCAUCUAUACCCAAGUGGUCCGCUGCCCCACCCUGGGCCCUAUGCCGCACCCAAACUGUGUGGUGCAGGUACCGGACGGACAGUGCUGCGCCGAGUGGGUGUGCGGGGACGACUGCAGGCUGAUCUUCUGUGGGACGCCUCCUCACGGGGACUGCACCUCCCACCGCCCCCCAUUGGCCUGCUGCGACGAGUGGACCUGCGACGGCUGUACCGACGACGCGGGGAAGAGACGCAAGACUGGCGAUGUGUGGCUGGAGAACAACUGCCUGUUCAAACGGUGCACCAAGCAGGGCAUCACCACCACCAACUUCUGCGACCGAUACUACGCGUUUCAACGGAAGAAACGCGAUUAUGAACUUGCGAAUGGCGAGGCGGCGGCAUCAGGUGCGAUGGUAGACACUGCAACGGAACCCUCGAGUCCCUCAGUGGCGGCGUGAUGAUGUGGCGACUCUUCCUCCGCGCUGCUGGGUGCUCUAACGACAGACAAAUCCGUCCCUCGUGCAAGACUGUCCUCUGCCUUUACGCCACUCGCUCGGGACUGACUGACUGAUCGCCUUUCGUACCGUCUUGGGGAGGGUCCUGUCACUCACUCGCUCGCUCAAUUACUUGCUCGUUCUGUUGUGUGAAAGAAUGGAGUUUUAUUAUAGCAUAUAUUGUGUUCUGGAAGUUGUGUAUAUACGUUGAGUUUAUUUAUAUAAAGAUUUGAAGUUUGUAAAUAACGUUUUUGGAAGUUUAUCUCGAGAAAAUUAUGAACAUUUUUUAUUAAAUUUGUUAUACUUCCUUUCUUCUCUUAAUUGUCCUCUUUUUCAUCCUUUGUACUCUUUAUCAUCCUGUUUGACCUUUUCAUCCUCUUUUUCAUCCUCUUUUCGCUUUUUCCACUUUUUUUUCCUCCCUUUUUUCAUCUUUUUUCAUUCUCUUUUUUCAGCUUUUUUCAUCUUUUUUCAUUCUUGUUUUCAUCUUUUUACAUCUUUUUUUCAUCCUUCAUCCUUUUUUCCGCUUCAUCCUCUUUUUUUCAUCUUUUUCUUCCCUUUUUUUCAUCUUUUUCUUCCCCUUUUUUUUUUUCAUCUUUCAUCCUCCUCCUCUUUGACCUCUUGAUCCUCCUUGUUCGCCCACGCGUUUGGCUGUGCAUUUAAAUAACGUAGUUUUAUAAUGAUUGACGUGAUAUAUUCUCUGUCUCGUGUGCCUGUGUUUACCGAGGAAGAGUUUGGAAGUUAUUAAAGUGUUAGUGUUUUGUGCCAUACGUUGUGAAUUGUUUCCGCAACUUCUGGUGAAUUCUCGAGUAAAUUAUGAAGCAAG